AUGGGAAAUAAUCUCGCUGAAGUUCCAGAUUAUUGGUUUUGUGAAACAUGCCAAUCCAAAAACUGUACAACUUCACCAUGUGAAGUGAAACAGGAUAUUGGCCUACAGGUUUCCACACGGAAGCAAUAUUUUAGAACAGGACCAAUAGGAAAAGUGAAGUACCUUCACGAGGAAGAAGUCAUCAAACUUUCUAGCUGUAAUAUUUCUACAAAAGCCACUCCAGUUAGCUCUACUUUACUGAUGACCAAGAAUGCUAGUUCUAAACCUCCUACUCUUCUCGGGUCCUUUGCAUAG